AAGUGGAAUUCAGCGGUUUAAAGAGAAAAGUUGAGUAGUCGAGUAGUUCCUUUCUAUCAGAUCAGUUUAUUCACACAUACUAGUAUAGAAACAACGAUACAAGGUUAUGAAGUACAGCAGACUGAAAGUUUUGGAGGCUGGUGGUGCCCGAAACCAAAACCAGCUGAUCUCUCACUAGACAGUGAACAGCUGAAGAAACCAGUCAAAAUCCUCCGACGCCUGUACUCUACCCCCUCCUUCCCUUUCAUUCUCUCUAGGGAGCUCAGCUGAACAGUUCGCAGAGUUAUUCUCUCCUCAUUCCCGCAUUUAGGAACUGUUCAGUCAUGUUUCAGUGACAGCUGGCCUGUUCUAGUGACAGCGGGACAGUUCCAGUGACAACUGGUUAGUUUCUAGUGACAGCGGGACGGUUUUCAGUGACAGCUGGACAGUUUAUAGUGACUGCUGGACUGUUACAGUGACAGCUGGACAGUGUCCCGUGACAGCUGAACAGUUUCCAGUGACAGCAUAUGUGAAAGAUGAGCUAUUAGACAAUUUACUGUUUUAUAGAAGAACAUAUUUACAUCAUCUAUGGAGGGGGUACGAAAAUUAAGUUAUACUAAGAUGUUGUUGAAGAUUGAAGAAGAGAGAGAAAAGAGGGAAGAGGAUGUUGUUGACGGGUGCUGUAGCCGUGUAUUUGGAUGUAACGGAGAUAUCCAGGACUGGAGAUCAAAGUAUGUUCGAAUAAUUACCUCCCUGUGGGUUUUAAUUCUCGGCCCACUUUGUGGCUUCCUAGGAGCUUGUGAUUAUAUUCAAAAAACAUGCGAGCUGUUAACUGUGAUUACUAUGGUUUAUUUUCUCACCACUCUACUGUCCUCACAGUUCUCGGGGUUUAGACUAAUGAACCGGUUGUGGAUUCUAGUUGGUAUACUGUGGGUUGCUUCGGGCUGGUACAAGUAUCAUAGAAGAGAGUUCGGAGACGAUCUGGAAAACUUUUUCAACCUGGCUCUGAUUGGUUCUAUAUCUUGGGGUGUGUCUGUACUGGUACCACUGACAUUGACAGACCCUGCUUUCAUCAACUGCUGUCAACUUAUAUCAGCUGUCUAAGCUGUCAGCUGUCAACUUAAAAAUUGUUUCCAGGCUAUCAACACCAGCUGUGUAGGCUGUCAACUAUCAAAAGAGGUCUAACUAUUAGCUGUUUCGACUGUCAACCUAUCAGCUGUCAAAGAGAUCAACCCAUGCAACUGUCUAGACUGUCAACUUAAAUAAUCUAAUAAUCUGUAUAGGCUGUCAACAUCAGCUGUGUAGGUCGCUGUCGAAAGAAGUCAACCUAUAUCAGGUGUCGAAGAGGUCAAUUUAUGUCAGCUAUCUGGACUGUCAACCUAUAUCAGCUGUGUAGGCUGUCAACCUUUAUCAGAUGCCAAAGAGGACUACUAGUUUUAGCUGUGUAGGCUGUCUACUUAUAUCAGAUGUCUAGUUCUCGGCUGUCCACUUAUAUUAGCUGUCCAUAAAUCAGCUGUUAGCUUUUCUUAGCCAUUCAAACACGACGCUGUUAUAAGCUGUUGGCUUGUUUUUAGAGUGUCAGCCAUAAUAGCAGUCACGGCACCAGCCCUGAAGUUACAUUUAAACGUUUUUGCAUUUAAAGAUUAUCAAUAAUUACUAAUUAGGCAUCAAUUUUGAACAUUCGCAAAUUUUAUUAAUCAGCCAGUGAGCUGUGAAACCGCUUUUCUAACUUAUAACAGCUGUUUUUGUAAUAAUACAUUUGUUUUGUUUUAAGGUG